CUGAUAGCACCCAAGGGGCCUGCUCUGAAGAUGGUCAGCACAGCACCCCCAUUGUGGGUUGCCUGGAAAAUUCACUUGCACAGCUACUGAAUUGUCUGAAAUGGAGGUGCCCCAGAGCCAGUGAGCAGGGAUUUUGGCUUUGUCUCCGUGGGGCAUGCCAGCGGGUCACAUUUCCUCCCUGAACCUCCCUCCAAGCUUCACUGUACUCGUGAAGGGAAAGGGACGCGGCUUCCCAAGAAACAGCAUAUGCUUUCCUUUCAUUUCUGGGAGUCUCAGGGUCGGCCCACAGAUGCUGCUCCUUCCGUGGCCGAUGGCAUUCGGACUCCUAACCGCACAAAGUGCCAGGCGAACAGCUGGACAGACCAGCUCAGCUACGGGAGGCUGGCCCCAGUCUCAGCCAGAGCUGCAGCCCCCCGGCCACAGACCACCUCUGGGUCCGCAUCCCGGAGCCGUCCCAGCACCCUCAGGCUUGCCUGGGCCCCGCCGCAGGGGCUGAAGGACUGCUGGCUGGUGGCAGAGCUGCCUACGGCCUGGGGCCCAGUGCAGGCACGUGGGAUCCUGCUUCAGGCAAUUCUGCAGCCCCUCCAGGGUCAGGGAGAGACCCAGGACAGCCCCGGCGCUCACCACUGUCUCUUCCUGUCGCUGAAACUUGGGCGAGGGCUCAGAAUGGAAGCCGCCACUCCUGAGCUGAAUCGGAAGGCCAGACUGAGGGAGAUGGGGGACGGGGUGAGAGGAGCUCAAGACAGCCAGGAGCUAACGCAGCAGCUGCAGCCACUGCCCAAGCCAUCAGCCUCCUCCCAGAGAGAGGCGAAAUACGUGGACAUGAGCCCUUCAGCUGGAGUCCAGAGGGACAGUCCCCCGACCAUGAGACGUACUCUGGAACACUGCCCCGAAGAUCAGGGGGCCCCUAGGGGCCCCGUGGAGAAAGCCCAGGACAAACCCAGCCGUCGGGAGUGCGCGGCUCCGACUGUGCAGAAGAACCCCGCUUCCCUCGAACUCUCCAGCCCCCAGCUCUCGCACACGGAGGAGGGCCGCAGCUGCUCGUCUUCCUCCUGCUCCUCCUCCCCAGGGGACAAAGCAGAAGAAGGUGGCCUUCCCACAGUGGAUGGUACCACCACAUCCACAGGGGCUCUAGCCACCUCAUCUUCGUCCUUGGGCUUUGAGAGUGAGAGUGGUGAGCACACAGCGCCCUGCCAGCCCAGGGGAGGAGGCGGAGGAGAGGAUGGAGCAGAGUGCAGGGACAUUAUUGCCAAGUCUCAGGGCCGGAGGGACCCCCCCCAAAAUGAGGAGGCUCACUACAUCACCACCCACGAGAUCCAGCUGAGUGAAGUGGAGCAGGAUAUGGAUUUUGACGUGGGCCUAGCGUCCCACUGGGAUUUUGAGGACAACAACGUGAUCUACUCCUUCGUGGACUAUGCUUCCUUUGGUGGCAGCGACGAGACCCUGGGGGACGUCACCACCCCGACUGAAGAGGACGAUGACAACAGCUGCUACCUCAGCACCACCUCCAGCACCCACGCCACCCAGACACCUAGUCCCCCCAGCAGCGACCCUGCCCGUCCCAGCACAGGCAGCAGUGGUCGCAACACCAGCAGUACGGAAGUGGGCAGCUGCCCCUCUGACAGUGAGCCCACCCCCCCGCCCACUGGGCCUGGCACUGCCACCCUGAGGGAGCCUUUGCCGGAGCCCCUGCAGGCAGCUUCAGGGGCAGCCGCCGCCGCAAGCAGCUGUGGGAGUGCAGCAAGCCAGAUCCUCCUAUCAAUCAAACCAACUUCCCAGGCUAUAAAUGAGCCUAGCAACGUGCGUGCAAAGCAAAACAUUAUUUACACUGCCAAGCAUGAAGGCGACAUGAGCCUCCGCAUCUCUACAGCUACUAAACACAACUCAAGUUCACUAAAGCAAGACCCGGCUGCAGCUGUGGCUCAGGACCAUGCAAAGAAAUUCAUUGCUGUCCCUGCUCGCCUGCAAACCCGGUGCGGGGCUAUCCGGGCAAAGGAGCUGGUGGACUACUCAAGCGGAGCCUCCAGUGCCGUGAGCGAACUGGAUGAUGCAGACAAAGAGGUGCGUAACCUGACCUCCAGGGCCUUCCGGAGCCUCGCGUACCCCUAUUUUGAGGCUCUGAACAUCAGCUCCCGUGAGUCCUCCACGCUCUCGGAAGUUGGCUUUGGACGUUGGUCCACCUUCCUGGACUUAAAAUGUGGAGGUGUUGGAGCUAGGGUGGAACAGAGCCUCCUGAAAAGCAGCGCGGCCUCUGUGGCUGCAGGUCUGAGGAAGGGUGGUGGGGCCAGAACAACCGCAGACCAGCUCUACAUCCAGUCCAAGAAGUCCCAGACCAAAGCCUUGGAGUUCGUGGUCAGCAAAGUCGAGGGGGAAAUCAAACAUGUGGAGACACCUCUGUGUUUCCAGAAGCAGGUCCAGACUGGCUCUCGUGUAGUCACCCUUCUGGAGCCCUUGAAUUUUCGCCGUGAGAGCAAAGCCAGCUCAGCCCCUGGGCCCUGCAGGACCACCAAAGUUUCCAGCAAGGGCUCCAGCUCAGUGUGCACAGAUGAUGGCUCAGAGACCUCGGAGGGCAGCAAGCCUACCUCCCGGGCUGAUGCCCCCCAGAAGAAGUCCAAGUUUGCUUCGAGUCUGCUAAAAAAUGUCAUCUCCAAGAAGAUGCAGCGGGAGCAUGAGUUCAAAAUGGAGAGGGGAGAAGUCACUGACACAUCCCACCGUAAUGUCCCCCGCAGCUGCAGGGAGACCGAGGGAGCCCCCGGGAAUGAGAAGCAGCAGGAGAGGGUCCUGCAGAGGCAGAGUUCUCGCCACUCAGAGGCCGGCUCUGAGUACAUGGUGGUCAGCGUGUCUGAUGCAGGUGGGGAGGGGUCUGUAGUUGGGUCUAAAUCCCCAACUUUCAAAGCCAGUGCUCCUCGGGAGAGCAGUGCGGGCUCCUGCCGAAAUUUCACUGACAGACAGAUGGAAGUGUGUGAAAUUAAAAAGAGUGCAUCGGAGACUGUCAAGGGCAUCUUCCUCCGUAGUCAGAACAGUGCAUUCCGGUCAUGGAAGGAGAAAGAGGCUGAGAAGCAGGAAGAAAAAGUCCCCAUUGGGAAGCUGAGACUCCCCAAAGGGGGUGACUGGAGGGCUGAUCUCGGCGAGAUCUCUGCCAGCAAGUCCACCAUCAUGUCUCGCCUCUUUGUCCCCAACAUCCAGCAGACACCCAAGGACAAGCAGCUGGGGAAGCAGGCCACCAAGUACCCUGCUGCCCAGGCCACCUCCACAGCCGUGAUCAGGCCCAAGGCUCCCGAAAUCAAGAUCCGACUGGGGAGCGUGCAGCAGCCAAGCUCCGACUUCAACAUUGCCAAGUUGCUCACACCCAAACUGGCCAGUGGCAGCGCCUCUAACCUCUUCAAGACCAUUGAGGACAAUAGUAGGGCACAGCAGAAACUCUUCCGGGGAGAAAGCUUGGAGAAAGUGCCCCAGUUCCAGGUGAGAGACGUCAGAGAAAAGUCCAAGGCCCAAGGCCCCCUCCACCAGGUGAGAGAUGUCAGAAAACUGAUCAAAGGCUCAGGGGAUAGCAGUGACAAGGGCAGUGUGACCCCGGAGCAGGGGCUAAUCGGGCCCAAACCCAGGCAGCUGGCUGCUGCGGCUGCUGGGUCCAGAUCCCUGUCUCCCAUGGUGAUCACCUGCCAGGCUGUGGUGAGCCAGAGGGAAGACAGCAGUGACAGAGAGCCGAGAGAGCACAGGGCCCAAGGAGGCAGUGGCAGCCUCCUGAACUCCUCAGCUGAAGGGACAGUCUUGGUUCACAGAGCAUCUGGCAGGCUGCCUGUGGCCACCAUUGCCCCUAACAAGCCUGAGCAGGGCUCAUACCUGCCUGUGCUCAAGAUCGUCCCCAAGGCUUCUGCUCAGAAGACCCCAGAGAAGGCGAAAGAUGAGGAGGCCAAGGAGGAAGGGAAAGCCCCAAAGCCAUCACGAAAUGCCCUGGAGAAACUGACUGCCGCCGUGAGGUCUAUGGAGGAGCUAUACAGCUUCAACAAGAAUGAGUGGAAGCGCAAAAGUGACCCUUUGCCGGUGAUGAUGGAUAGCCAUGUCCUGUCACUUAUUGCCAGUGAGGAGAGGGAAGGGGCCAGUGCUGAGGGGGACCCCGACAGGCUGGCCAAACAGCUGGGGGAGGUGAGAGAGCAGGGUACAGGAAACAAAGGUGGCGUGGUCCUGCGAGGAGGCCCCAUAGAACGUCUACAGCGAAGAAACUCCAACCCAAGUGCCGAGAGCGUGUCUGCCCGGGCGGCCGCCUUUGAGAACCUGGCCAGGGAAAGGCCCCGCUCUCUCUACAUUCCCCCAGUCCACAAGGAUGCAGAGAGAACCCAGCCCCUGCAGCCCUUCCCACCCAAUCCCAGCAACAGGAACAUGUUCACCAUUAGUGCCAGCAGCACCCAGAAAACUGGGGGUGUUGCCGGCAAGUUCCCCCAAGGGCCUUCUCCAGAGAGUCCUUCAGCAGCAAAGGGCAUCAAAUCGCAGGGCCUCCGGUCCCUCAAGAUCUCUCCGGCUACCCGGGUACCACCUGAUGAGGUGGGCAACAGAAAAAAUGGCAGCAAUUUGGAAAAAAACAAUAGUGACUGUGAGAACUACCUGACCAUCCCCCUUAAAGGAAGCUCUGCAGCUGGUGAGCUUCCAGGCAGGCCUGGGGCUGGGAGGGAGGGGCCCUCAGCCUCCUCAGUGGCCACUCUUUGCAGCUUGCCCCCUCUGAGUGCCCGAAGUCAGGUCCCCAACAGCCCCAAAGGCUCUCAGGUCAGUGGAACUAGCCGGCCAGCUUGGCGAAUGAAACCUGAUAGCACCCGGGAGACAGUAGCUGCCCCCACAGGGCCUCAGAGCCCAGAGCGUCCCCCCACCGCCAUCUACCACCAGCAGCCGCUGCCCUUCACCCUGCAGGGGGCCCAGCCCCAGGUCCUCUGCUUCUCCUCACCUGGUGUGCCUGCCCCGGCCCCUGCAGGCCCAGCUCCAGUCCCCACAGACCCCUUCCAGCAGUCACAGCCUCAGCAGACACAGCGCAAGAUGCUACUGGAUGUGACAACUGGCCAGUACUAUCUAGUGGACACACCAGUGCAGCCCAUGACACGGAGACUGUUUGACCCUGAGACAGGGCAGUAUGUGGAUGUGCCCAUGACCUCCCAGCAGCAGGCUGUGGCCCCCAUGUCCCUCCCUGUGCCUCCCUUGGCCCUGAAUCCUGGGGCCUAUGCACCCACCUACAUGAUCUAUCCUGGGUUCCUGCCUACAGUGCUGUCCACCGGUGCCCUGCAGCCCACACCAAUUGCUCACACACCAGGGGGUAGCGAGCUCUCUCCUAUAGGAACAGAGCCCCCCAGCAAAGAGGCAGCUGCGACAUUUGCAGAGGCCCCAUACUUCAUGGCCUCUGGUCAGUCUCCUGCCUCCUCAGCCCCAGCAGCCACAUCACAGCUCUUGGGAGCCAAGGGCUUCGCCCAGCUGCACGGCAAGCCUGUCAUCAGCAUCACUUCGCAGCCCCUGGGGCCGAGGAUCAUUGCCCCGCCUUCCUUCGAUGGCACCACCAUGAGCUUUGUGGUGGAGCACAGAUGAUGAGAAGUCACCAGAAAGCAGAGUGGAGCAGCUGCUGGAAGAAGACAAAGAUGAACUCUUCUUUAACCUGAAGGUUGUAUUACAACACUAAGAAUUCAUCUGAAAAACUUCCUCCAUGUGUGUUAUUCUUAGUUUUUCCUUCUUAAAACCACGUGUGUAAGUUUCUCUAUUUUUCUGAACAACCCUGUUAAGACAGUUUGUGUUAUUUUAGUUUUACUAAGCUGAGUGAAUGGUUGCAUUUUUUCCCCUGUGAAACUAUUACUUUUUAUACUUUAAUACAGGUUAUAAGCUUUCCAUCUUUCCCUCCUGCACUGGUGACUAGGCAAACAAUCCCUUAUUUUCUUAAUUCAGCCAAAACAUACAACAGAAUGGGAUUGGCCCUGUUGUAAACCAAGCCAACAAAUCAAUAAUUGGAUCACAAUGUCUUCCUAGGUUACUGGACUAUAUGAAGACUAACUGGCAGAGUUGUAACAAGUUUGCAUUUUAAAUAUGAUUGGUCUACAGUUUGAAUCAUAUACCAGCCAAGCUUAGUUAUUCUCUUGGUUAUGUUCUACAUGUUCUGUUAAUUGGGUUUAGCAUGAUUUCAAAUGUGAUUGUGAAAACAAUGGUUUUAACUUCUGUGCUUUGUUUAAAUUUUCCCAUUUGUACAAUGCCAUGACUAUUUGUUGCCUUAAAAAUAGAAUGGUUUGCAAUACUGAAGAGCCGGUCCUAGCCUUAAAAAUGAAGUGCUGACUCUCAGAAAGGUAAAAAAGAUCUAUUUCCCUCUAGAAACCCAAUCUUUGUUAUAAGUUUAUAGUUUUUUUUGUUUUUCUUUUUUGUCUUCCUCAGUGAUUCCCUCUGUAGUUGCAUACCCCUGUCUCUCACAGAUUGUUUGAAAUCUGAAGAAUGACCUGUUUGGGGCAGUAGAGUAGAAUGUAAAAAAUUAUUCAGAGACUGAUGCUCUCCCGCAAUCUCCAUACCAAUAGCAGGACCUGGGAUUGCAUCCCUUCUCCUUGCGGCUUUAAGAGAUGUCGUGAAUCCAAAUCAUAGUCUUUCAUCACCAUUCAGUAGAGCCUCAUUUGGGACCCAGCUCUGAAGGCUGUUUUAGCGAGUAUUCCCAGAGCAUCUGGAAGAGUUAAUUGAACAGAUAAAUAUUUAGCUUGUCGUAAUUAAUGUGUGUUGGUAUAUAUUCAAAUGUUACAUUGGAAAAAUUCUUAAUUCUUUAAAGUGUAACUUGAAGGUUCUUCCAGGCUUUCUUUACAAAAUCUCUUCUGUUUACUUAUUUGUUCAAAGAUGAGGCAUUCUGGUAAUUUCUUUAAAAGACUUAUUUUUAUUUUAGUGAUCAUCAGUAUUUGGUUUCUGCUUAAAAUUGCUUCUUAAAGCCACAGAAUUUUAUGCUAUUCAUGACUGAAGGUGUGAGUAUAAAACUAUGAGACCGAUUUCAUGUGAUUUAUGUGAUCAUAUUUCUUUAUAGUUAUGCUUCCCAUCUUUAGACUCUUUAAGAAAAACAGUUGGAUUUCACUUACAGGGCCUUCCUUAAAGGGAUCUUUACAAAGAAGUUCUGUUGGAUUAAAGGGAGAAGUUUGAGGCAGGAAUAGUCAGCUCUGGUCACAAUUCAAUCAGUCAUUGGGUUGAUGAGCUGUGAAAUGAAGUGAUAGCCUCAAUGAGACAUGAAACAUGAGAACAAAACAGCCUCUGUAUAUAGAAAAGAUGCCUUUGUACCACACCAGGGCAUGUAGUCUUUGUCAUAGAGGUCGUCUUACCCAGGAGCAUCAACAGAUUCACCCCAGAACUCAGUUAAUUUUCCACCACUGGGAAACUUAUGCAGCACCUGUGCUUCCUCAUUUUCAAUAGAGACUGGCUGGGUAUGAGGUCUCCUAAUACUGAAACAACAAAGUAGAAUCAGCUACAAAGAUCUCAAACCUAUAAUACUCAAAGCAGCACUGUGAGUUCUCAAGUAUGUGAACACAUCUAGUUAAACUUGUAUAGGAUUUGGAUGGAGAGCACCAGAAUUGUUGUUGUUGACUGCUUUAAAACCACAUGUGAUUUUUAGAAAAACCCAGUGGUCAUGUUGAGUAGUCAACUGCUUGCCAGGUCUUCAAAAAGGGAUGCACCUCCUUCCCUAAAAAAAACAUAGUAGAGUUCUUACCUACCAAGGGCCUGGAGCCCUCAUAUGCGAUUUGUCAUUAUUUAUCUCCAGCAGAUCUGAGCCUUAAAUUCUCACUUUCAGGUAAACUAGAACAGAAACUAGAUAAAAGGAGGACUUUUCACUUGGUUCUAUCAGAUAGGCCACAUUCUCUGAGAAGCUGUCAAGGAUGUAGUAAAUGUCCAAGUGGUUAAAAAUGUAACUUUAAAGUAACAUUCUAUGAAUAACACAUCUAUUGAUAAUUCUAUGGUUCUCUAUUUCAUCAAACCAUAAAAAUACAAACCAAAGCUGCUAGGCCACUUACUACCUCAAGUGAUAGGGAGGAACACUUAUAAAGACAUGAGGUAAAUCUAAAUCCUCAUUUUCAUCAUUUUAUCAUUUAAGUUGCAUUGGUAUUUGAAAGAAGUGGUUGUGCCCUUCCUUUUCCACCAAAGUUAAGUGAAAUAAAAAAAGAGUCUAUGAAAUCUUCUGACCCAUAAAACUCUUACCCUAACAAUGUUCCUUUAGCUACUGAAUUAGCCUUUUCUGUUUUAUGUACACAAAACCAUUGAAAAAGCAUAUAGCAUUUCCUAAAUAGUGCUCAGGCUUGAAUCUAAUCAGAAUUGCUGAGUCUGGCUUUUGCCAUUUCCUUUCAGGAUCACAUGUGUGACUAUUUUUCCAGAGGAACUACAGGGCAUUGUGAAUAGAAAUCUGGAUCCAUUUCCUCUUUUUCCCUGUUGGUUAAUUGGUCAGGUUGAAAUAUGCUCCGUUUGAAUUGUUUCUGGAAGACUGAAUGCACAUGUAACCAGUAUGCAAAUUUAACUCACCAGAAUGUAUUUUCUUUAAAGCACUCACUAAAAUUGCCCUCAGGAUUAAAUAAAGCCCAGACAUGCAGUUAGUAUAGGCUUUCUGUAUGUCUAUGUAUGUUUCUAUAUGUCUGUACAUUUAUGGCUCUCUCUAUAUCAAUAAGUAAAUAAGCUAAAAACAAAUUAUACUUGGUAAAACAAAUUACAAAUUGUCUUUAUAAUAAAUCUCAAAUGUUAUAACACAUUUCAAAUUUAUCCUUACAUAAAAGGAAAUAUCUAGUGAUAUAAAUUUCUUUUUUCCUAGUUUCACACAUGAUUUUAUCAUCCUUGCCUUUUAAGGAGAUUUAAUGCAUUUUAAUUAUUUUCAUACUUCAUAGAAAUGAAAGUCUGUGUUUGCUACAAAUUAAAUGCUCAUGCUACCUGAAAUAAUACUUUGGACUGCAGGACAGUACUGAUUCUUAAGUAGAUUGACUAUAAUCUCAUGAUAAAUAUAUA